AUGUUGAUAUUAUUUGUUUUCAAGGUCUGUUCGAGUGCAUUUAUCACUCCAAUAUGGACAACAUCACUAUAUGGUUAUGGUACAGAAGUCAAAGUAUAUUUGGAACUUGAUCGACCUUUUCUUAGUAAACAAUAUCAAAUAUUGGGUAUGCUUUGUCAAGCAUCACAAUCGACUGUCAAUAAUACUUUAUCUACGUUUAAUGAAAUAACACUGGUAACAUCUCUACUAUUAUCUCGAGCCUCCUUCAAAUCACAAAUUGAAGUCAUCAUCAGUCAAUUAAUUGAUUCAGUACCAUUGGAUUUUCGACGAACAGUUAGUUUUACGACGGAAAUCAUUCAAAGUAAUAUAAUUCCAACGGCCUUUAAUACUGAUUGGUUUAUUAAGUAUGGAAAUGAUUCAAAUGACUAUCUGUUGCAAUUUAUACCGCGCAUGUAUACUAAUGGUACAUGUAAUUGCAUUAUUUCGUCAACUUGUCAAGAACCUUUACGAAUUGGCCCUACUAAUGUUACACUCCCUGGUCUUGUUAUUGCUUGCUCACCCAUCAAUGGUCUUCGCAUGUCAACACUCGAAUGUUUAUUCUCAUCGAGUUGUGUCAACACAAUUCUCAGCUACUUAAACUACUAUACACAACUCGACGGAUCACCACCGUCAAAUUUCACUCUACCAACAGUACUUUCUUUUGUUAUUACUCCACUCAACAAUUCCAUUCCAUCACGUUUUCCCCGCAAUACCUUGAUUGGUACAUUAAUUGAUGAACUAUUUAUUGAAAAUUGGCAAAAUAUCAGUUCAUAUGAAAAUUAUUUCGCUGCUUGUGCACCAAGUCUAUGUCGCUAUGAGUAUGUUCGGCGUAAUAAUGCGUUUUACGUAGUCACAUCUUUACUUGCUUUGUAUGGUGGACUUACGGUUAGCUUACGAUUACUCGUAUGGAAUAGCAUUUGUCUGUAUCGAUGGAUAAAAUAUUCUGGUCAGGUUAAUCACAAAAAAGUUGCACCACAGAUGAACAAAAUGACUGCACAGAUUUGA